UUUUGCCCUUCUUGUUCCUUAUAGCAAAAGAUUUCCUUGGACGCGGUUUUGGACAGUGGACACGCUGGACGCGGAGGAGGAUCGACGCAAGAGGCACAAACCGGACACCGUAUUCUUCAUUUGCGGCUUUAACACCAUGGAGCCAGCCUUCGGUGAGGUGAACCAACUCGGCGGUGUUUUCGUGAACGGCAGGCCGCUCCCCAACGCCAUCCGGCUCAGGAUAGUGGAGCUGGCCCAGCUCGGGAUUCGACCCUGUGACAUUAGCAGGCAGCUGCGCGUCUCCCACGGUUGCGUCAGUAAGAUCCUAGCCCGUUACAACGAGACCGGAUCCAUCCUCCCCGGGGCCAUCGGAGGCAGCAAGCCACGGGUCACCACACCCACCGUGGUUAAGCACAUACGGACAUACAAGCAGAGAGACCCGGGGAUUUUUGCCUGGGAAAUCCGGGACAGGCUACUUGCCGAUGGGGUUUGCGACAAAUUCAAUCUCCCCUCUGUGAGCUCCAUCAGUCGGAUCCUCCGCAACAAGAUCGGGAAUCUGUCACAGCAGAGCCAGUAUGAGUCGGGCAAGCAGGCCCCUCACCCACCGCCACAGCCAACGUUACCCUACAACCACUUAUACUCAUACCCCACUUCCAAAGUGCCCACUCCCCCUGGCAUGCCCACCCUUCCCGGACACAUGGCCAUGCACAGGAUAUGGCCUUCCUCGCACUCUGUAACAGAUAUUCUGGGGAUACGAUCUAUUACAGAGCAACAAAUUAGUGACAGUCCAUCCUUUCCCACCGCCAAACUAGAAGAAUGGAGCGCUAUAAACAGGACUAAUUUCCCACCAGCAAGUUCUCCACUAGUCAAUGGCAUGGAUAAACCGCAUUUAGAACCUGAAGCAAAAUACACACAGACGCCGAAUGGAUUGCCCACAGUGAACAGCUAUGUCACAGCACCCAGCAUCCCACCCUACCACCCUCCCACCCAAGUGUCACCCUACAUGGGGUACAGCGCCACCACGUCGGCCUAUGUGACCGGACCCACGUGGCAGCCAGCCAGUGGCAGUGCUCUAUCUCCCCACAGCUGUGACAUCGCCACCCCUCUGGCUUUCAGGGGCAUGACAGCCAACCGUGACGCCAUCCACCCGGUCACCGCCUCGGUGCUGUGAAGUCAGCUCUGCCGGCUAAUAGGAGAACGAGGGGGAAGGUCGGGGGGAGUAGGUGAGAAAUGGCGAGGGACAGGAGACAACAAGUCUGUCCCCCUGUGGCUUCACUUCAUUCCCACUGCCUCCUUUCUAUGAAAAACUCAGCCCCAGGACCCACAUUUGUGCUGUUCUGUACGUGACCCUCCCUCCUCCUUCCACCUACACACCGACUAAAGACAUACAAGGAAUAAACAGUAUGUCAAUUUUUACUACAAACUUGUCUGAAAGAACGUGCAGGACAGGUGUACUGAAGGACUGAUGAAUGACUGCUACUCCCUCCAUCAACACGGUUCCUCCCAGAUUCUUUACUGCACACUUCUGCAAAUGUCUUUGGGCAAAAUGGGGUAAUGUAUAAAUUCAUGAAUAGGCAAUCAGCGAA